GAGCCGUCAGAGGAGGAAGAACAACCCCAGCGCAGGAGGCAAAGAGGACGGGGACAACCCUGGUCGUCACUGCUGCUCCUGCCACCCCCACCCCUGAUCGGGGAUGUACCUUUCCAUUUGUUGCUUCUUCUUCUGCUGGGCUCCCGCCCUGUCGCUGAAGAACCUGAAUUACUCGGUGCCGGAGGAGCAGGGAGCGGGCACGGUCAUCGGGAACAUCGGGCGCGAUGCGCGGCUGGCGGCAGGCGCGGCGGGUGGCGGGAUGCUGCCCGCGGAGCGUGGCGUUCCCGGUGGCGGCCCCGGAGGCAGCCGCGGCCCCAAGUCCACCUUCCGGGUGUUGGAGAAUUCAGCCCCGCACCUCCUGGACGUGGACGGGGAGAGCGGGCUGCUCUACACCAAGCAGCGCAUUGAUCGUGAGGCGCUGUGCCGGCGCAGCGCCAAGUGCCAGCUGUCCCUCGAGGUGUUCGCCAAUGACCAGGAGAUCUGCAUGAUCAAAGUGGAGAUUCAGGACCUUAACGACAACGCACCAUCAUUCCCCUCUGACCAAGUGGACAUGGACAUCUCCGAAAAUGCUGCACCAGGCACCCGCUUCCCCCUCACCAGCGCCCACGACCCAGACGCUGGGGACAAUGGUCUGCGCACCUACCUGCUCACUCGUGAUGACUACGGCCUCUUCUCCCUCGAUGUGAAGUCCCGUGGUGAUGGCACAAAGUUUCCAGAGCUGGUCAUCCAGAAGCCAUUAGACCGUGAGGAGCAGAGUCACCACACCCUGGUGCUGACAGCACUGGAUGGCGGGGACCCCCCACGCUCAGGGACAGUGCAGAUCAAUGUGCGCCUCAUUGACUCCAAUGAUAACAGCCCCAUCUUUGAGGCAGCCUCCUAUGUGGUAGAGCUGCCAGAGAACGCACCGCUAGGCACAGCAGUCAUCGACCUCAAUGCCACCGAUGCCGAUGAGGGGACCAAUGGAGAGGUGCUCUACUCCUUCAGUGGCUAUGCACCUGAGCGCGUCCGUGACCUGUUUAGCAUUGACCCACAAAGCGGCCUCAUCCGUGUCAAGGGCAACCUGGACUAUGAGGAGAGUGGCCUCAUUGAGAUUGAUGUCCAAGCUCGGGACCUGGGGCCCAAUCCCAUCCCUGCUCACUGCAAGGUCACUGUCCGCCUCAUCGACCGCAAUGACAAUGCUCCCACCAUUGGCUUUGUCUCCGUUCGCCAGGGAGCUCUGAGUGAGGCUGCCCCACCAGGCACUGUCAUUGCCCUGGUGCGGGUCACUGACCGUGACUCAGGCAAGAAUGGGCAGCUCCAGUGUCGGGUGCUGGGUGGUGGCGGUGGGCCCGGUGCUGUUCCUUUCACCCUGGAGGAGAACUAUGACAACUUCUACACUGUGGUCACCGACCGACCCCUGGACCGUGAGGCACAGGACGAGUACAAUGUGACCAUCGUGGCACGUGAUGGGGGCAAUCCCUCACUUAACUCCACCAAGUCAUUUUCUGUCCGAAUCCUUGAUGAGAAUGACAACCCACCCCGCUUCAGCAAGAAUCUUUAUGUAUUACAGGUGCCUGAGAAUAACAUCCCUGGAGAGUACCUGGGCUCAGUCUUGGCCCAGGAUCCUGACUUGGGCCAAAAUGGGACGGUAUCUUACUCCAUUCUGCCUGGGCAUGUGGGAGAUGUCUCCAUCUACACCUAUGUCUCUGUCAACCCCACAAAUGGUGCUAUUUAUGCCCUGAGGAGCUUCAAUUAUGAGCAGACAAAGCACUUUGAGUUCCGUGUGCUGGCCAAAGACUCGGGUUCACCCCACCGUGAAAGCAAUGCCACAGUGCGCGUCACCGUGCUCGACGUCAACGACAACGCACCCCUCAUUGUCCUGCCUGCCCUCAUCAACGACACUGCUGAGCUGCAGGUGCCACGCAAUGCUGGGGUGGGCUACCCCGUGGGCACCGUCCGCGCCCUGGACAGUGACUUUGGGGAAAGUGGGCGCCUCACGUAUGAGAUUGUGGAAGGCAAUGAGGAGCACCUGUUUGAGAUGGACCCCACUAGUGGUGAGAUACGCACCUUGCACCCCUACUGGGAGGAGCUCAGCCCUGUGGCUGAACUGGUGGUAAAAGUCAGUGACCAUGGCAAGCCCAGCCUCUCUGCUGUGGCCAAGCUCAUAGUCAGGGCCUUGGCAGGGCCCCUGCCCGAGGCUGGGGAGCCGCAGGUGAAUGGCGAGCAGCAUCGGCGGCCACACUGGGACUUGUCACUGCCGCUGAUUGUGACGCUGAGCACUGUCUCCAUCAUCUUGCUGGCUGCCAUGAUCACUAUUGCUGUGAAGUGCAAGCGAGAGAACAAGGAGAUCCGCACCUAUAAUUGUCGCAUUGCCGAGUAUAGCCACCCUCAGCUGGGAGGAGGGGGAGGCAGUGGCGGGGGAGGAGGAGGCAGUGGCAGUGGAGGGGGCAAGGGCAAGAAGAAGAAGAUCAGCAAGAAUGACAUUAUGCUGGUGCCCAGUGAGGGCGAGGACAGCCGGGGUCCCCUCAAUGUCAUGAACGUGGUGAGCAGCCCAUCCCUGGCCACCUCACCCAUGUACUUUGACUACCAGACCCGCCUGCCCCUCAGCUCUCCCAGGUCUGAGGUGAUGUACCUGAAGCCCGCCUCCAACAACCUGACUGUACCCCAGGGACAUGUGGGUUGCCACACCAGCUUCACAGGGCAAGGGACUAACGCCAGCGAGGCUCCCCCGAGCCGGAUGUCCAUAAUUCAGACAGACAAUUUUCCCGCAGAGCCCAAUUACAUGGGCAGCAGGCAGCAGUUUGUUCAAAGUAGCUCCACGUUCAAGGAUCCAGAAAGAGCCAGCUUGAGGGACAGCGGGCAUGGGGACAGUGAUCAGGCUGACAGUGACCAAGACACUAACAAAGGCUCCUGCUGUGACAUGUCUGUAAGGGAGGCACUCAAGAUGAAAACUACUUCAACUAAAAGCCAGCCACUUGAACAAGAACAGCAAGGCAGAGGCCAAAGACCCAUUGUUGGGAUCUGUGGACCAGCUCGCUGUGAGGAUGGAAAAUUUUCAGAACAAGAAGAAUGUGUUAACUGCACAGAUGAAUGCAGAGUGCUUGGUCAUUCUGACAGGUGUUGGAUGCCACAGUUCCCUGCAGCCAGUCAGGCUGAGAAUGCAGAUUAUCGCACAAAUGUCUUUGUACCCACAGUUGAAGCUAACGUUGAGACUGAGACAUAUGAAACUGUGAACCCCACUGGGAAAAAGACUUUUUGUACAUUUGGGAAAGACAAGAGAGAGCACACUAUUCUCAUUGCCAAUGUUAAACCUUACUUAAAAGCCAAACGUGCCCUGAGUCCUCUGCUUCAGGAGGUUCCCUCAGCAUCGAGCAGCCCAACCAAGACAUGCAUUGAGCCUUGCACCUCAACAAAAGGACCACUGGAUGGUUGUGAAGUGAAAUCAGGAGCCUUGGCUGAACCAAGCAGCCAGUACUUGUCAACUGACAGUCAGUAUCUAUCGCCCAGUAAACAGUCAAAGGACACUUCCUUCAUUGCAUCAGAUCAGAUGGCUAGGGCCUUUGCAGACGUGCAUUCCCGAGUGAGCCGAGACUCGAGUGAGAUGGACUCAGUGCUGGAGCAGUUAGACCGUUCCGCCCGGGAUCUAGGCAGGGAGUCCGUGGAUGCCGAGGAAGUUGUGAGAGAAAUAGACAAGCUCUUGCAGGACUGUCGGGGAAGCGACCCUGUGGCCAUCAGAAAGUGAGGGGGAAAAUAAGGACAGGCUGGCAGUUGCAUUUCCUCUUCUGCUGAUUGAAAGUAAAUAAAUAAAUAAAUUUCCUGGUUGUAACAGAAUUACAGGAAUGAAGGAAGACCAAUGCUGCUUUAAGGCUUUUAGUGAACAUCUGAAGUGCCCACAAGUAUGUUCUUUUCACUGCUCUUUCUUUUUGACAGAUAACACUGGUUUCAUUUUGACCAAACUUUCAUUAGGACAGAGUCAAGUACACCAAGAACAAAAUGAAAGAAGGAAAGACAGUGCCAUUUUGACAAUCUGAUAGGAAGGUGUGAGAAAGAUGGAAUGGAAAUACGUCUGAUACUUUAAGACUGUCCUCAAUAGCUGAUGCUGACUUUACUGUUUACGUAUAAACCCCAAGAAAAACAGGGUUGAAUAAUGCUGAUCUGUGGUGAAUUUCCAGCAGCCACCACAGGCUUCUACUGAAAAGUCCUAUAAAGAGUUCUUGUAGUAGUCCAAGCGACGCCAAACAUUAACAUUCAUUUGUGGUAAACAUUUAUGUACAAAGUUAUCUGCCACAAAUACGAAAAAAGAAAAAAAAAAAGAACAAUAAAACAAAAAGAACCAUUCCAGAUCAUUAUUCAAGAAAACAUAUCCUCAUCAUUAAUGAAACACUACAUAUCAUAUUAAGGUUAAAUGUAAAAUGAUAUAGUCCAUCUUGUCCUGCACACACAUAAACUAAUUCACUUGAUAAAAUGAAAAAAAAAAAAAGAUUUUAAUACCUAUUUAGCAUUUUAGUGUCCAACAAAGCUAUAAAUAGUUAGUAAUAAGUUAAAAAAAAAAAGGAAAGGAAGUUAAAUAAAGUUUGG